CUGAAGCAGAACUUGUAAGAGCAACUCUACAGCUGAACUUGAAGCCACAAUUCGGGCCUCAACCAGAGUAAUUGGUGUGGUUAAUAAGACAUGUGCAGUAAGUUUUCUCUACAAAUACAUUGUCAGUCACGUCGAAAUGAUCGUCCACUCGAGCGACUGCUCGCAGGCACCGCACCAGGAGAACACAACGUCGGUAUCGGCAGCUCAGCCCUCCGCUCCCCUCCCACGACAUGCACUGGCCCGUACAAGCGUGCGACCCUCAAGGCCCAGAAACCAGAGCAUGCAAAGUAGAGCGGCGCUGCCAGGCGACAGCACGGUCGCCGCGACGUCCGACUCAGCCGACCGAGGAACGGAGACGCGCACCGCCACAAACAUGGCUGAGCCGCUACUCAGCGCGAAACCGGAGCUGGUGUCAAAGCGCUGGCUUGCUCUGGAGUCAGGUUGGCACAGGGCUGCUGGAUGACAGGUCAAGGAUGUUGAAGGUCGUUGGACGAAGCGGAGAGUGGAUGCGAAUCGAAGCGGAGGCUUCGCGACGCGUCUCGGCAACUACUAGCUGCACUUUGCCAAAUCAGGCAAGGCGCCUUUUCGGACAUCGAAUGUAGCAAAGAGGAGAAGAGCUUCGCGCCAGCGCGCCAUCGCGACAUUUACCUUCUUUCUUGGCUCUCUGGUGAUGGUUUGGGGUG